AUGUUUGCUACUAAGAUAACCUCGCUAACGUUUACCUUCCCAUUCCCGCAGAGGGAGGAGAUUGACAUCCAGCGACAUGAUCGCUGGCACGACUACAAACGCUGGGUCACCCACACAGCACCAUGGCUGCACCUUGGGGUACAGGUGGUAUCUGGUUCAGGCCGCCGCGGCCGGUGGGCAGUCACCACAGGAGACGGAAACCGGCGAUUCUCGGACGAUCCUGGAGGCCACGACAUUUCAAGUGCAACUCCCACGGUGCAGACCACCGGGAGCCAAGGCCGCCACGAGGGUCGUCGGAGCCCCGCGGUUGCAGCGGCAGCCAGCACGGUCCUAGAUGCACCACCCACUCAGGCUGCCCCUGAGGCCGCCACUCAGCACUGCCCUGCAGCAGCCAUUCCCGUCCCCAAUGCAGCAGCCACUCAGCUCCCACCUGCAGCAGCCACUCAGCUCCCACCCGCAGCAGCCAUUCCCGUCCCCAAUGCUGCAGCGGAUCAGCUCCCACCUGCAGCAGCCACUCAGCUCCCACCUGCAGCAGCCACUCACCUCCCACCCGCAGCAGCCACUCAGCUCCCGCCUGCAGCAGCCACUCAGCUCCCACCCGCAGCAGCCACCCAGCUCCCCCCCGCAGCAGCCAUUCCCGUCCCCAAUGCUGCAGCGGAUCAGCGCUUACCUGCAGCAGCCACUCAGCUCCCACCCGCAGCAGCCACUCAGCUCCCACCCGCAGCAGCCACUCAGCUCCCGCCUACAGCAGCCACUCAGCUCCCACCCGCAGCAGCCACUCAGCUCCCACUCGCAGCAGACAUUCCCGUCCCCAAUGCUUCAGAGGACCAGCUCCCACCUGCAGCAGCCACUCAGCUCCCACCUGCAGCAGCCACUCAGCUCCCACCUGCAGCAGCCACUCAGCUCCCACCCGCAGUAGCCACUCAGCUCCCACCCGCAGCAGCCACUCAGCUCCCACCCGCAGCAGCCACUCAGCUCCCCCCUGCAGCAGCCACUCAGCUCCCGCCUGCAGCAGCCACUCAGCUCCCACCCGCAGCAGCCACUCAGCUCCCACCCGCAGCAGCCAUUCCCGCCCCCAAUGCUUCGGAGGACCAGCUCCCACCUGCAGCAGCCACUCAGCUCGGCAUCCCGUCAUCUCCCACCCCAGCAUCCACCCCAAGCACGGCACGUGCCGCUGGACUAUCUCCCGAUGCCCGGGCAACAAGCCCGUCACUGGAAAGGGGAGCAUCGCCAAUUCACCGCACGGUAUCCACCCCAACAUCUGCACGUGGAGCGCAGAGCUCUCCCUUGCAGGGAAACAGAGAUGGAGGCAGUCGCCGCACAGCCCAUGAGAUGGGCGGCACACGCAGACGGCGCCGUUUGAAUACAUACGAGUCCCCUCAAGGUUCUAGGGGGAGCGGGCGAACCAUCGUCACUCCACAUGAGGAGAGUUUGGCGUCUAUUGCCACUGCACUGAGGGGAGGACUAACUCAUACUUUUCAACGAGACUCAAACGUGUCACUUGCACGAGCGACAGGAAUAGUAACAGCCAUGACCAACGUCUCGUAUGCGCAAAGAUAUGUCGCGAUCACACGUCUCAUUCGAAACCCUCGCGACGCUGUGGCGUUUGAAAACAUGGAUGACGGGUUGAGGCGCAUGUUCAUUGCGGCGUCCUCGCUCCAGUCGGAUGCCCGGUCGCCUUUUUACGACCCCGAUAACACAGGAGAGGGACGAGAUGAGAUAGCGGAGUAG